AUGAAUACAAUUUUUCGAAUUGGUACCGUUCGAAAACUUGACAAUAACCGUCCACUUUAUCAAGUUGAACUUAAGCUUACAUCAGACGAUGACCAAAAUCUUCAUCAACUAACUGAUCGCAUACACAAAGAAGUUUCAGGUUCAACAGGCUGGGACCGAUUGGGUCGAUUGCUGCUCAAAAUAGGCCAAUUCGACAAGGCCGAAGAGUUAUAUACAGCACUACUUGAGCAAACAUCAGACAACAGUGAAAAGGCACAUAUCUAUCAUAUGCUUGGAAUGCUGAAAACAUAUCAAGGACAAUACAGAGAAGCAGCUUCAUUUUACGAAAAAUCUCUUGAGAUUUACCGAAAAACUCUUCCGGAAGACGAUCCUUCAUUAGCUACUUCUUACAACAAUAUAGGUCUAGCGUAUAACGAGAUGGAUGAUCGCUCGAAUGCACUUCAAUUUUACGUAAAAGCACUUAAAAUCUAUGAAGAGGCUCUGCCUGUGGAUGAUCCCGCGUUUGCUGAUUCUUACAACAACAUUGGUGGAGUAUAUAAAGAUAUGGGUGACUAUUCGAAAGCACUAGAAUUUUACGAAAAAGCAUUUAAAAUAGAUGAAAAAACUCUACCUUCGAAUCAUCCCGAUUUGGCUAUUUCCUACAGCAACUGCGGUUCAGUGUAUAGCAAAAUGGGUGACUAUUCGAAAGCACAUCAAUUUUACGAAAAAGCACUUAAAAUAAGAGAAAAAGUUCUGCCUCCGAAUCAUCCAGAUUUGGCUGAAUCCUACAAUAACAUUGGUCUAAUGUAUAAUAACAUGAGUGACUAUUCAAAAGCACUCUCAUUUCUGGAAAAGGCACUUGGUAUCUUACAAAUGACACUUCCACCUACACAUUCUCGUAUUCAAAGUGUGAAAACAGCUAUUGAUAAUGUAAAAAAGAUAUAA